UGAGCUCCGCCCUUUUUUCACCACGCCCUACAAGAAAUUGGAAAGUCAAAAAUCUACAGUGGAAGUAGCAAUUUCUUGAACCUCGGUCUAAAACUCACCUCUGAACCCGCGUUCUAGCUCAGGUAACCCAUGGCAGCUGAGUCACCCAGUUCUGUUCGAAAAGUUGUUGUCCAUUUGAGAGCAACUGGAGAUGCCCCAAUACUAAAACAAGCCAAGUUCAAGAUACUUGGAUCUGACAAAUUUGCUAAAGUAAUUGAUUUUUUACGGAGGCAACUGCACCGGGAUACACUGUUUGUGUAUGUCAACAGUGCUUUCUCUCCAAACCCAGAUGAAUUGGUGAUUGACCUGUAUAAUAAACUAACUUCUUACUUCGAGGCAGCAAGGAAAUAUUAUUGGUGGUAUUCUGAGGAUUCUGAUGGAGACAUUGAUUGGAACAGCAGUUAAUGUGCGUCUAUCAUUUUGUUUUUCUUUUCUUUGUUGCUGAUUUCAUUAACAUGUUCAAGCUAUAGAUUUUGGCGUUAUGCAUCUUGUACAUUCCUACUUGUUUAUAAUUCAAAAUUUGAAAGCCUCCCUUGGUUCACAUGCUUCAAGUACGUUCUGUAUUUUUUUUUUUUUGCUCUGUUGAUUGGCAGCAAUUGUCAAAUACACUCUUUCAAGACAAAUUAUCCUUAGGAAUCAUGCUGCCUACCUUCACUCCCUUCAGAAAUUAUCACUCUUUAGUGCUUGCCAUUAUAACUUUAUCAAAUGUUUGCCAUGCGUCAGAAACUUUGUCGAAUGACCUUCCAAUGUGUACGGUUAUUGUACCCAUUAUGGCUAAUGACUUCAUAGUUCAAAGAUGCCAUACUAAAACAGUAGAUGAUGGUUUUUUAUCAGGCGGGAGCCACCAAAGCCUGGACUCUUUUGUUAUUCAUUCUCGUAGUAUGGAAGUAAAUGGCGAAGGGAUAUUGUUUGAGCGGUCAUGGAUUUUGCAAUAAUGCUUCUUCAAGCUAAAUACCUUCUGUAGUAAACAGUCUAUAAUAGAUCGAGAAAGUGACGUGAGACGAAAAUUUCACAGGAAAAGUAGAGUUCGGACACUCUGCUGGCAAUAGUUUUGAAACUAAAUUGAGGUAAUCUUAAAUCAUGAUUCUUUACUAAGAUCAGAUAGGCGGGAUCCACUAUUAAACAACGAGCAUGGGGGAGUUCCGUACCCAGAUAGACGAAAUGGCAUUAAACUAAAUAAAUCAAAACCUACAUGAUUGAAGUCCUUACUAAUAAAAUUCAGCUCCAGACAUAUAUUCUUACAAGUAUAUGUCAGAUUAGAUAUCCUUUGUCCUUGCUGAUGUCUUCCGUGUGCUGAAUAAUUAUCUUGUUCAUAAGUGGACUUUGGCAACAUUUUGUUUUUUGACAAUGCUUUCGUUGAUUUUUGGUGCUAGAAUGGAAUCUGAAUUCACAUUACAUCAAAGUAGGACUCGAAAAGAGACAAGGCGAAAAAGUCCAUGAGUUCCAAUGGUACAUAUAUCAGUUAAAUUUGUUCCUAGGAUGAAUGGGUAGUUUUCAGUAGAUUGGGAUGGGGACAGGUUUUUAAGGAGAAAACUAUGUCCCAUUUGUGCACUCUUAAGUUUGAGCACUCUACCCAAAGCGAGCGGUUUAGGUCUCCAGACAACAAGGUUUUAUUUAAAUGAUUUAAGAAAUUAAUUUGGAUGAUAUUA